UCCAUACAAACAAAUUUCAUUCCCAAACCUCAAACCCCAAAUGCAUUUCAGACUCAAACCCCAAACCCCAAAUGCGAAGAUCGAAACCCCAAACCGCAUACAACGAUACCGAAUCGGAAACCCCAAACUCAGAAACCAAAUCGGAAACCUCUCUCAGCUAACAUAUAAGAUACCGGAAGCUGCAGUGGUAUCUUCGGAUUCGGCUUCAAUGGAGAAACAUGCUGCUAGAUCACGUUCUUCAUCUUCCAAACACCAAAAUGCAUAUGUUGCUAAGAACAUAAUAUCCCAGGAUUUGUUUACCCCAGACUACAUUCUCAAUAGGAUCUUUCGGAAGGAUGGCCCUCCCCUUGGUGUGAAAUUUGAUUCUCUUCCUUCAGGAAAACUAUUCCAUUGCAAAGAUCCUGAAAUUUUAUAUUCCUCUUGCAAAGAGAGCCAGAGAGCGGCUAAAAAGACAAAGGAAAAGUGGUGCCUAAGAAGGAUAUUGCUGAAAUAACUAAAAGGUUCAACAUCCAAGUCAGCAAUUUGACUCACAGGUAAGUUUCUUUAUCACUCAGUGAUUAAAAUAUGAAUUAGUACAAGUGAUAAGUUCAAUAACACAUAUUUUUUUCACUGUGAAAUCUGAAAUUAAAACAUAUGUUAAAAAUCAUAUAAGGAACAACUUUUUAUUUAUUUUUAACAUGUGUUUUUAUUUGAGCUAUUAGAUGAACCGGAUAUAACAGUGUAAAAAAUGUUUGUUAAUUAAAAUUGUCCCAUAUACAUAAGUUUAUAUUAGUCUACAUGAAUCUGUCUGUAGGACUACCUUUUGUGAGGUUUUUUUUUUUUUCCCGAAUAAGGAAUGAAGCCAACCCAAGUGAGUUAGUUUAAUUUUUCUGAGCGGGUUAAUUUUUUACGGACAAAAUUUAUAUGAAAUGACCUACUAUACUAAAUUGGGCAACUAAGUCCUUCCUAUGGUGGAUGGAAAGGAUUAUAAUUGGACGGUCUCUCUCUCUCUGUUAACAAAAAAAAAAACACUUUUGAUUAAAGGCAGUAUCAUUUCAUUUGAUAGCUAAAUUCAAAUUGUAAAGCUUAAAAUUCUUUUUUCUAUAACCCUUGGUUUCUUUAUGCUGCUAUCAUUUUAUAUUAUGUAUAAAUACGAUUUAAUAAAUAUUUCAUAGAUAUGCUACAAGUUAUCUCCUGUAGAACUUCUUGAAGAGAUUGAGAAGGCCGUUGGCGAUCUUCAACUUCCAAUUCGGCAUUGUGCGCUAAAUUUUAUUGAGAAUUAUUUAGUUUUAUGGGGAUUUGAUGUAUUAUUUACAUUUUAGUUGUAUGAAUAAAUA